AUGCCCAGCGCGGCCAGUGGGGUGGGCCCGGUCUGGCCCACAAACACGGAGGUGGCCAUGGACAGCAUGGGGUCCGCCACCAGUGUCAGCAGGGCGGGAAGCGUCAGCUCCAGGAUGGCGGGGUCGUUGGGGUUCAACAGCCAGCCGGGGAGGCUAGGCCGCGACGAGGGGGUUGGGGGUCUCGUAGGCCCGUGCCCCGUGCCUGCCAGCGGGGCCUCCGGGUCCCCACCAUUCUUGUGA